CCCCAUCAGUUCCACAUCUUCCUUCUCUUCGCUUCUCACUGGUCGUAGCAGUUUUACCACAACCAUGGCUUCUCUAACUUCUCUUCCCCCAACCGGAAACUAUAUCGUCAAUACCCGUUUCAAAUCCCGGGUCAAGCCGAAUCCGCACGACCAGCUCUUUCUCAAUCCCACUCUUUCUUCCGUCCUAAAAAUCCAACCUUCUUCUUCCUCCUUCAACCCCACCCCAUUCAACCGGCUCUGCACCUCCGCCGUCCACAGCGCCAACAAUCCCAGAGUCCGCCGCCGCAACAACGGCUCUUCUCCGUCCCCACCCACAACAUCUGGCGCCAAUUCCCAGUACAAGACCCAACCUUUACGCAAGUACAACAGGACCCAGCAACCAAAUGAACCAAAAGUUGACAGAAAUGAAUCGAAUACCCAAAAUGUGAGCGCCCCACUACGUAUGAACUCAAAAGAUGUGGAUUUGAUGCGUUUGUGCGAGGAGGGUAAGGUCGGAGAAGCGUUGGAGUUUAUGGGUCGAGGUGUUUCCGCCGAUUACGGAGUUUUCUGUGCGUUGUUGGAAUCGUGUGAUGGAUCGAAGUCGCUUGAGAUUGGGAGGAAGGUCCACGAGUUCAUGAGACAGUCGCCGUUUCGCGGGGAUAUUGAGUUGAACACUAAGUUGGUUCAAAUGUAUGGGAGGUGUGGGAGUACGAGAGAUGCGCGCAAGGUGUUUGAUAGAAUGCGCGAGCGGAGCAUUGGUUUGUGGCAUUCGAUGAUCACUGGGUAUGCAGUGAAUCGGCAGGGUGACGAGGGGAUGCUGUUGUUUGAACAAAUGAGGAAUUCGGGGUUGGAGCCCGAUAAGGAGACUUUUUUAGUGGCGUUGGCAGCGUGUGCUAGUGCGGAAGCUGUAGAAGAAGGGUUCGCCCUCUUCGAAUCAAUGAAGAAUGAGUAUGAGAUUGUACCGGAGAUUGAGCAUUAUUUAGGACUUAUUGAUGUUCUUGGGAAGUCUGGUCAUUUGAAUGAAGUCGAGGAGUUCAUUGACAAAAUGCCAUUUGAGCCUACAGUUGAAGUUUGGGAGGCUCUUAGGAACUCUGCGCGAAUUCAUGGAGAUAUUGAACUUGAAGAUCGUGCGGAGGAAUUGUUGGUUAAUAUUGAUCCUUCUAAGGCCAAUGCUGACAAAAUCCCAUUGCCUCUGCGGAAGAAGCACUCGGAGCUUAACAUGCUAGAGGAUAAGAAUAAGGUGAGUGAGUAUCGGAGUACAAACGAGGCGUAUGAGAAAUUGAAAGGUUUGAAGGGACAGAUGAGGGAAGCAGGCUAUGUGCCGGAUACAAGAUACGUGCUUCAUGACAUUGAUCAGGAGGCAAAAGAGCAAGCCUUGCAGUAUCAUAGUGAGCGUUUGGCAAUUGCUUACGGUCUGAUUAGUACUCCAGCCAGGCAAACUCUGAGGAUAAUUAAGAAUCUUCGAAUCUGUGGCGACUGCCAUAAUGCGAUAAAAAUCAUGUCGAAGAUUGUUGGGAGGGAGCUGAUCGUUAGGGAUAACAAGCGGUUCCAUCAUUUCAGGGAUGGGAAGUGCACCUGUGGGGAUUACUGGUAAACUUAUCCGCAGUUAGUUGAUAAAGCUUUCAAGAGACAAGGCUGUGGUGCAAAGUUAAGUAAUGUUGAAUGCUCUGCAGCAAGAAAAUUCAGAGUAAGUUUUUUGGCUGGAAAUUAACUUUGUCAAAAUUUAUGAGUGUCGUUCGUUGUAGAUUAUUCUAGUACUUAAAUUCAUUCACACUUAAUAGAAAACAAAUAAACAAGAUGUUUUGUUUACUCGAUUAAUUCUAUGUUUUAUUUCUGAAA